UGCUCGGGGGACCUGCAAGAAUUGGUCCCUGGACUGAAUCUGACAUCCUGCCACCCCUAUCGCCCAUUGGCUCCCCACGGCGAUCUUUUGUCCAACCCAAUCUUGCCAUUAUAUUUGUAGUAUUGCUCAACCAGCAACCGGGGAGAGGCCAAUCUAACUUUCUGAGCUCAGUGUUUCUUGGAGCAAGACAUUACUCAUGGGGAUCAUCAACUGGGCACGGUGCAGAUUCAAUGGCAGAACGGAGAGCAAGAGAUUCGAUCAUGGAGCUGCAAGCCAGCCAGAGAGAAGCCAAGUUGUUCCGGAGGAGUACCAUCUCAUCGACGAGCAGCAGCAAUGGUGCUCUCAGCAAGACCAGGCAGCCGGUUUCCUCUCCAUCGGCACGCUCGGAAACGUCAUCGACGAGCCGGCGGAAGAACACCACCCCCUAUCAACACACGACGACCUGCCGGAGUUCACCAUCGAGGAGGCCGAGAAACUCCAGGAGGUCCUCGCAAAGCUCCUCUGGCGCGCAAAGUCCAAGUCUAGUGCCCACGGGGCAGAGGACGGUCUCGGCCUGCCCCUGGACAGGUUCCUCAACUGCCCGUCGAGCCUAGAGGUGGAUAGGCGGGACCUUCUGAAGCGCGAUGAAGGCGACGACGACCUCUCGCCCAACACCAAGAUCGUCCUAAGCAUGUCCAAGGACCUGCUAGGUAACACAAGUAACAGCAAAGGCUCCGGCAUCAAGAACAAGUCCUUCAAGUUCAUGCUAAAGAAGAUGUUCGUCUGCGAUGGAGGGUUCGCGCCGUCCCCGGCCUUGAAGGAUCCGGUUGAAUCGGGAAUGGACAAGUUUUUGGGGACGGUUCUCGGCAAGAAGAUCAACGUCCGGCCAAGCAGCGCCACCGAGUCGAAGAGCUAUUGUUCUGAGGAUAGACCCAACGGGAAGUCGCGACGAGGCAAUCGCUCUCGCCAGGAAGUGGAUGACGAGGAGGAAGAUUACUGCAGAUGGGACAGAACAGAUUCUGAAUUCAUAGUUCUGGAAAUAUGAAGGAAACAUCAACUUGCCACACAAAGGGGUUCUAGAAAAAACAGGGAGAUAAUAGUAAAAAACAAAUGACGAGAAGCAACGACGCUUGGAGUCUCGGAGACGGACACAGGAAUACGGCGAGACCAAGCGCUGUGGUUGUGCCCGAGGUCGAACACGAUGGCGGCAAGAUUGGCCGUGACUUAACAAAGCGUUGUGUGUUGUGUGCGUAAGCCCUCUCCGGAGUGGCGGUAGAGAGAGGCGCAAGGAGGAGGCCAAUAGGGAAUCCAGGAUACGAAAAAGAGGACGUUGCAGUCAUGUUGAUCUCGGAAGACCAUGAAUGGUGAACACGCGUACGAAGAGCGGUUGGAUGAAACAAAACAAAAACAAGGAAAAGUUAAGCUCCAGCUUAUGCCCCAAAUAGAGUAUUAAGCAUCACAAUGUUUACUUAACAUAACCAUUGAUGAUAAGCCUUUUUCGUUGUUGUAAGUAGUUCAAUUUGGACGAUU